UAAGCAGUUUAAAAUUUAAACUUUUUAUUUAUAAAGACAUUGUCAGACAUUCAGUUUGUUCUGUCACAACUUUCUUACCACUUUUCAAUUGAUUUUUCUUGAAUUACUUGAUUAACACUUCUUUUGUCUUACUUUAUCGUGUGAAUCCAUCAAUAACAAUGAAAGUCACCAUAACUACUUUGAAUGGUGAUGUUUUAUUCAACCUGGAUGUUGCUGAUGAUCUUGAACUUGGUAAAUUCAAAGAAGCCUGUGCACCCGAUGCCGGUAUUAAAGGCAACCAAAUGGAUAUAAUUUACGAAGGGGCAAGGCUGAGUGAUGAUGCCAAACCAUUAAGCCAUUAUAAAAUCAAAGAAGGUGAUGUACUUCUUGCUCAAGCUAAGGCUACAACCCCUGCAUCUCCUAUACCUCAAACAGGAUCUUUAGGAUUAUCUAGACCAUCAGGACUUCCAGCGGCUCCACUUCUUGAUUUCAGUUCGGUUGUUAUCCCUGGCGCAUUGGGAGGAAAUGUUUCUCGUCCCUCUGGAUCUACAGGUGGCAAUAGACCUUCUCGAGACGACCCUGUUUUUUUGAGAGACAUGUUUUUAUCAAACCCAGAACAAUUAGCAAUGUUGAGAAGUAAUAAUCCUCAAUUAGCUGACGCAUUAGAAAAAGGUGUGGAAGAGUUUAAACGAGUGUUUGAUGAGCAAAAGAAAAUGAAGGAAGAAAAGGAUAGAAUGCAAUUAAGGUUACUUCAAGCUGACCCAUUCGAUCCAGAAGCUCAAAGAUUGAUUCAAGAGGAAAUCAAUCGACAAAAUAUUGCUUCAAACAUGGAAACCGCUCUAGAAUUCCAUCCAGAAAGUUUUGGAUCUGUGACUAUGCUCUACAUCAAUUGUAGAGUCAAUGGUCAUCCUAUCAAAGCUUUCGUAGAUUCAGGUGCUCAAUCCACUAUUAUGAGCUCUGGCUGUGCUGCUCGAUGUAAUGUCACACAUUUAAUUGACUCUCGUUGGUCUGGAAUCGCAAAAGGUGUUGGGACUCAAAAGAUCAUUGGUAGAAUCCAUUUAGGACAAAUUCAAAUUGAGGAAGACUUUUUGCCCUCUUCCUUUUUGAUCUUGGAACAACAGGACAUGGACUUUCUCCUUGGUUUGGACAUGUUGAAACGCCAUCAAUGUUCAAUUGAUUUGAAAGACAAUGUCUUAAUUAUUGGUACUACUGGAACAAAAACAAGAUUUCUCAACGAAAGUGAAAUACCAACAAAUGACAAAUUUUCUUAAGCUAAUCUUUAUUUUACCUUUUUAUAAUAAUUGUACAAAUGGCAAAGUAUUAAGCUGCUAUUGAGCUUCAAUGAAGACUUUUCUGUCCAUCUCUAAAUCAUAGAAUAGAAUAUUGCUAUUAUUUUUUACCGAUAUUAUAAAAAUCUAUCAGUGUCCCAAUUCUUAA